GUGUCGCCGUCGUCGAUGUGCUAAGCAGCGACGACAGCACCCAUGGCUACACUUUCCCCAAGGCCCUCUCCCUCAUCGUCUGCGAACACGAUCCCCAUCCCGGGAAAGUCCAUCCUCAAGCGCCCGCCGCCUCCCCAACAGUCGCUCUUCUCGCGCAUCACCAGAUUCCUACCGACCCAGAACACUAAUGGCGCGUCGUCGGGGGACGACGCGCAGCCCCUCAAGAGGGCGCACUUUAUUCUGCCCGAGAUAGCGACGGUGUACCCGAUAUCGUCCAUGAACCCGCCGUCGACACCGACGCUCAAGGAGGAGAAGCGGGCGAUCGAGGACCGCGAGGCGGAGCGGCGCAAGCGCGUCCUGCGCGGGAGCAGCUCGGGUCCGGACCACGAGGAGUGGUGGUCGAUGGACAAGGUGGAGAGCUUCUAUCGGGAGUGCUGCGAAGGCUGCGACGAGAAGCCGGACCCAGCCAUCACGAAUGCGUUCAAGCACGCGAACCCUGCGCACCCGCGUGCUGUGGACUUCUCGGGCGUGCAGAUGACGCUAACGACGGCGAGCAUCCUGUCGGACGUGUUCACGGUCGAGUGGGGACUGCGCAAGCUCACGUUCAAGGAGUGCGAUCUGGAUGAGCAUACGCUGAAGCCGAUCCUCCAUGCGCUGCUCAUUCCGAACACGCUCUCGUACCUCUCGCUGGAGUCUAAUAAACGACUGAAGACUCCCGCAUUUCGGCUUGUUGGCGUGUUCCUCGAGAAGGCGCAGAACAUGCAGUUCCUCGACCUCUCGCAAAACCCUCUGGAGAAGAAGGCCAUCGAGCACAUCGUAGCAGCCAUCCCGACCGCACCGACACCCGGCUUAGUAUCCUUACGUCUGGAUGACUGUCAGCUACGACAUGCCGCGCUGGAAACUCUCGCCCGCGCCGUCCGCACCUCAUCCCUCCGCAACAUAUCCCUACGCUACAAUCGAAUAAACCAGACCGGCGCGGUGGCCAUCGCGCUCAUGAUUCGUGACUACCCGGACGUCGUACCCAGCCCCGGCUCCACGCCCGCUUCAUCCACGCCACCUUCGCCCGUCAUCUCCGGCCUUCCCCCGCUUUCGCCACCGACGACUACACUCCAGGUGCCCAGUCUCUCUUCUCCGCCGCCCCGCUCGCCACCUCCGCCGCCACGGUCAGGGCCGCUACCCCCGCCGCCCAAGCACCCAGCGCAAGCGCCGCCGCAGACGACGUACACGCCAUACAUUCCGCGGUCCAAGCGGGGGCAGGCAGCAACGACGACGACGAGCGUGAACCCGCUCUCGGCGACGGGGCAGCAUGUGCCAAUCAUCACGUCCUCGGUGCAGGGCGGUGUGACGGCGAGGCAUAGUGCGCCGCAGGACAACGGGCAGCCGAAGCAUGCUGCGGGGCCCAGCGCCGCGCUGCUUGACAAGGUGCGGGCACUGGAUACCCUACCGCGGCUGGGCGCAUUGCGAACGCUGGAUCUUAAGGGGAAUGACUUGCGGACAGGGAUCACGUAUAUUGCGCAGGUCCUGAAGCGGAAUCGGACACUGAAAGUGCUGAACUUAAGCGAGAACAAGCUCGAUGUGCAGUGCUUGAUAUCCGUGGCCGAGGCGCUAAAAUACAACUCCUCGCUAGAAACCCUCGACCUCAGCAAGAACCCCUGUUGUGGCCCAGGACUCGAAGGCAUUCAAUCCCUCCGAACCGCCUUUACCCUGAACACCGCGCUCAAGCGCCUCUUCCUUUCAUCCACACAGAUGACCUCCGCCGGCGCCAUUGCCCUCGCUGAGUUUCUGCCCGAGUCCAGCUCCCUCCUUCACCUCGACCUCACGAUGAACAACCUGGACAUCGCCGGCGUGAUGGCGUUGAGUUCGGGCCUGAAAGCGAACCACGUCAUGCGCUGCCUCGAUCUGAACAUUCCGCCGGGGGAUGAGGAGUUUGCGAGGAUGUGCCGCGAGAUCCUGAGCUCGUGUGUGCGGAAUACGGAGGAGGCAGAGAAGAGUGCGCAGGCGUCGGCUUCGGCGACGGCGGAGAGUGGGAGGGGACAGGGGAAGGGGGUGUGGGGCAUGAUCGAGGAGAGCGAGCUGGCGAAGACGAUCCGGUUGAAUGAGGAGAAGAAGAUCCGUACGGACGUCCUCAUUCGCGGCAAAGCAGUCGUCGAGGAGCUGCGUGCACUGCUCGAUGCACCUCCGCCGCAACCGCCAACAUCACAACCUCCGCCGCUGCUCGCCCUUGCCGCGCCCUCUCUCCUUGUCUCCUCCGGUCCCUCACAACCACCUACGCAACUCACACUUUCCAACUCCAUCGUUCGCGCGCGGGAUCUUGUCACCGAGCUCGAGCAGGUCGUCACGGAGGAGGCGGACCCGUCGCGAUUAGAGCAGCUCCUGAAUGUCAACGAUGAGCUAAGGGCGCUCCUGCAGCGCGUGCCAAAGGAGGCGGGUGUGGUUGGUGAUACCAAUGCUCCCGCAACAUCACCUGCACCGUCAGAAAGGCCGACUCUCAAUGUCGACCUUCCGUACAGCCCGCGACUUGUGAGCCCGCGCACAAGCCCCAAGCCGCCAUCCAUCGCGCACCUUAAUGGGCAUGCGAACGGCUCUACGACCACUGCGGCCCAGGACGACGACUCCGAUGACGCGCCGCCCACGCCGCGAGUCGACAAGGGCAAGGGCCGCGCGGAGCCCGAGCCCGAUCCGGAGGACAAGGUGCUCAGCCCCACCUUCAUGCUCGCGCGGGAGGACAUGGACGAUGAGGGGGAUGAGGACGGGCCGAGGUUCGAUCCGCGGUUGGAUGCAAGAUAUGCGGCAAGGGAAGAGGUGGCGAGCCCGACUGUAAGGAGCCGGUCUUGGGUGGAGGAGGAGGGGGAGGUGUUCAGGAAGGGGACGGUGCUGCUGGGGCCGGAGGAGAUGGAGGGCGAGUAUGCGGGGGAGGAGUUGAGGAGGGAGCUCCUCGAGGCCAUGGUCGAGCGCCCGCCGCCGCGCGAGGUCAAUGAGGACGGGACGCGGCCGAUCGAGGACGACGAGCCGCCGGCAGAGCUGAAGCGCAAGACGUCGAACAACUCGCUGCAGAAGAAGACGUCGAAGGACUCGUUGCAGCGGAAGGGCUCGAAGGACUCGCUGACGCAGCCGCGGCCGUACAUCUCGCGCAGCCGGUCGUCGUCGAACUCGAUUAUGGGCGUGUUGCAGCAGGGUUCCUCAAGCGCGCUGCAACAGGGGGCACCGGGAUCAGGGUCCUCUACGCCCGUGCCGGGGUCCCCAGCGUUGGCGGAUGUCAGCGAAUCGAGCAGCCCGACAGUCGUGGCGCCGUCGCUGCGGCGAAAGCUAUCCGGGGCGGGGCUGGGUGCGAAUGGCGGGAGUGGCAGCGGGGCGUGAUGGGAGACGGUACUUCAUGACGGGGUGUACGUUUCCGUUCGCGGGGUGUCGUCACCCUUAGCUCCCCCUCGCGAGACCGCUGGUGAGUCUGUCGUCGCGCGCGAUUCAUGAUUGGCAGGCGUAUAGUAUGUGCGUGAUGGACGGUAGCAAUCGAGCGUUAUUUAUUCUUAUUCAGCAGACGUUGCGUGUUGCAUUCAGCGAACUGCGUGGUGCGCGGCGCGCUAUGUACGUGUUGUAGACUAGCGCACAACUUAACGUUCAGGACCUCACGAUACGCUUAGAAUAUCAGAAAUUACCUUCGAA